UCGUCCACCCUUAGGCCGAAAACAACUACUCCAGUGCCUGAUGCGUUUAAAAAUAAAACCGUUUGCUACAAACAUUUAGGCUGCUUUGACAACCAUCCUCCUUUUGACAACGCUGGAUAUGACGUACCAGAUCCGCCAGAGGUCAUCGGAACCAAGUUUUGGCUGUUCACAAGGGCAAAUACUACCAAAAGCCACACCCUACAAUAUCAAAAUGUCUCUACAUUUGAAUCUGUGAAUGCGUCUAAACCGUUGAAGAUAAUUACUCACGGAUUUUCCCAGACUGCAACAGCUGACUGGGUGGUGAAGAUGAAGGACGAGUUUCUGAGACUUGGUGACUUCAACGUAAUAACGGUGGACUGGAAGAAGGGUGCAGAGUUCCCCAACUACGACCAGGCCGUGGCUAAUACACGAGUCGUUGCGACGCAGAUUAGAGUUGUCGUAGAUAUACUGGUGACCCGUGGGCUGAAGCUACAGGACCUUCACUUGGCCGGACACAGCCUGGGGGCCCAUACGUCGGGGUACGCUGGCUUCCUUAUGAAGGGAAAAGUCGGAAGGAUUAGUGGAUUGGAUCCUGCAGAGCCCAGCUACGAGAACUUGCCCGACGUUCUUCGUCUCGACAAAACUGAUGCCAUUUUUGUUGACGUUAUUCACACGAAUGGCGCUCCGCUUCUGUCGGGUGGUGCCGGAUUAAUGGAGAUAUCUGGUCACGUUGACUUCUAUGUCAAUGGCGGCGAAGCACAACCCGGAUGUAAAGGGGGAGUUUCUGGUAUACUGAGCGGAAUCUUCGGUGGAGGAGGUGUGGCGAAGACGGUAUCCUGCAGCCACGGGCGGUCCCACCAGCUGUACGUGGAGUCCAUGUCCUCCCCCUGCCCCUUCACAUCAUAUCCCUGUCCCAGUUACGAUGACUUUAAGAAGGGAAAGUGCCUGACUUGUGGAUCGACUGGCUGUUCCCAGCUCGGGUAUUAUGCCGACCAGUAUAGUGCCCGCGGUAAGAUGUACCUCAACACAGGAAGCAAGGCGCCAUUUUGUGGCUACCACUAUUUGAUGGAGAUAAAGACGGGGACAAUGAAGGAAACAACAGGACGCUUGUUCAUCAAAAUGGUGGGCAGAUGGGGGGAGAGCAACUUCAUAGCAGCCACUGGGGAUGAAGCCAUGAACGCCCAAAGUAACAUAUUGAAAGUGGUUGUCUCCUUUGAGGAAGUUGGUGAUUUGACAUCCAUGGUCUUCAAAUAUGUGAAACAUUCCGGCUUUUGGUUUGCAAACAGUGAAGAUUCGAUGACUAUUGAAAAGGUCAAGGUCACAUCAGGAGAAAAUGGCGGCAGUUACCUCUUUUGCUUUGGUGGAAAAACUGUUAUGCACAAUGUAGAAGUCCAUUCAAGUAUUACCAAUAGAAAAACUUGCGAAUGUGUUGCCCUACUGACAUUUGAGGAUGUUUUAGCAAGCAUCCCUAAACAGGCAACCAAUACUGUUCCCUCAGUAGAACCUACUGGAACUGGUGCUUCCACACCUGUGCCUAAACCUAACCCAUCAACAGGACCCAUAGGAACAAAUGUACCUACACCGUUAUCCAAUCUCAAUCCCUCCUCUGGACUUCUGGGAACAGGUGCCCCUACACCAGUACCUACAGGACCCAUAGGAACAGAUGUUCCUACACCGUUAUCCAAUCUCAAUCCCUCCUCUGGACUUCUGGGAACAGGUGCCCCUACACCAGUGCCUAAAGGAUCUACGGGACCCAUAGGAACAGAUGUUCCUACACCGAUAUCCAAUGUCAAUCCCACCUCUGGACCUCUGGGAACAGGUGCCCCUACACCAGUGCCUAAAGGAUCUACGGGACCCAUAGGAACAGAUGUUCCUACACCGAUAUCCAAUCUCAAUCCCACCUCUGGACCUCUGGGAACAGGUGCCCCUAUACCAGUGCCUAAAGGAUCUACAGGGCCCAUAGGAACAGAUGUUCCUACACCGAUAUCCAAUCUCAAUCCCACCUCUGGACCUCUGGGAACAGGUGCCCCUACACCAGUGCCUAAAGGAUCUACGGGACCCAUAGGAAUAGAUGUUCCUACACCGAUAUCGAAUCUCAAUCCCACCUCUGGACCUCUGGGAACAGGUGCCCCUACACCAGUGCCUAAAGGAUCUACAGGACCCAUAGGAACAGAUGUUCCUACACCGAUAUCCAAUCUCAAUCCCACCUCUGGACCUCUGGGAACAGGUGCCCCUACACCAGUGCCUAAAGGAUCUACGGGACCCAUAGGAACAGAUGUUCCUACACCGAUAUCCAAUCUCAAUCCCACCUCUGGACCUCUGGGAACAGGUGCCCCUACACCAGUGCCUAAAGGAUCUACAGGACCCAUAGGAACAGAUGUUCUUACAACAAUAUCCAAUCUCAAUCCCUCCUCUGGACUUCUGGGAACAGGUGCCCCUACACCAGUACCUACAGGACCCAUAGGAACAGAUGUAUCUACACCGAUAUCCAAUCUUAAUCCGACCUCUGGACCUCUGGGAACAGGUGCCCCUACACCAUUGCCUAAGGGAUCUACGGGACCCAUAGGAACAGAUGUUCCUACACCAAUAUCCAAUCUUAAUCCCACCUCUGGACCUCUGGGAACAGGUGCCCCUACAUCAGUGCCUACGGGACCUGUAGGAACAGAUGGCUCUACAGUAGUAUCAAAUCCAUCAGCUGGACUUAUUGGAACAGGUGCCCCCUCACCGAUGACCAGUAUAAACCCUUCAUUAGGAUCUACAACAACAAAUGGCCAUACGCCGAUAUCCAGUCUUAAACCAUCAGCAGGACUAUCAGCAGAACCAUCAACAGGUACCCCUUCACAUGUUACUCUAUUCUCAGGACAAACUGGAGCUGAGACUAAGACAUCAGUAUCCAAGCAAUCAGUAAGGCCAACACCAAAGUCUACAGCAAUACCCAAAGUUGAGACAUCAACAGAAACUAUGACAAUACCGAGUCAUAUACCUUUGGCAGGAUCUAGUUUACUGUCAACAGAUCAUUCUCUGGUCACCAGUGUUAGACCAUCAAUAGCAGUGCAGACUCCGACCGGGGGAUCAUCCAUGGUGUCGACCACUAAGGUCACCGUGGAAGCGUCAACAGCACGAAAACUGCCAACAACGUCAGAAGAUGUAAAGGUAUCCACAGCAGCUGCUAGCAGUGCAACAUCAUCGACUACUCAGAAGAUGCAAGCUACGACUCCACAAACUACAAAAUCACAAACAACGAAUAAGCCUGUAUCGAUAUCGCGAGAGAAUAAGACGGAAUGUUUUGAAUACCUCGGAUGUUUUGAUAAUUUUCCACCGUUUGACAAUGCCGGCAUGGACCUUCCAUAUUCACCGGAUGUCAUGAACACGAAGUUCUGGCUUUUCACGAGGAAGAACUUAAAAAACAAACACGUUCUGGAUUAUAGAAAUAUCUCAACUUUUACAUCUUUUGAUUUUGACGCAACAAAACCAACGAAGUUCAUAACUCACGGAUUCAGCCAAGAUGCAUCAGCGACAUGGGUAGUUGAGAUGAAGGAUGAAUUCCUCAGACUUGGUGACUUCAACGUUAUAACGGUGGACUGGAAGAAGGGUGCAGAGUUCCCAAACUACGACCAGGCCGCGGCAAAUACACGACUCGUUGCGACGCAUAAAGUUGUCGUAGAUAUCCUGGUGUCCCGUGGGCUGAAGCUACAGGACCUUCACUUGGCCGGACACAGCCUGGGGGCCCAUACGUCGGGGUACGCUGGCUUCCUCCUGAAGGGAAAAGUCGGGAGGAUUAGUGGUAUGGACCCAGCUGAGCCCAGCUUUGAGAAUCUUCCUGACGUAGUUCGGCUUGACAAAGCGGAUGCUCUGUUCGUGGACGUCAUCCAUACAAACGGCGAAUCUGUUCUUCUGGGAGGGUUCGGCUUAAUGGAGUCUUCCGGUCACGUUGAUUUCUUUGUUAAUGGCGGUAAAUCACAGCCCGGAUGUAAGGGGGCCCUAUCUGGUGCUCUGAGCAGUAUUUUUGGAAAAGGGGGAUCCAUCGGGGAAGAGGUAGCUUGCAGCCACGGGCGGUCCCACCAACUCUAUCUGGAGUCCAUGUCCUCCCCCUGCCCCUUCACGUCGUACCCCUGCCCCAGCUACGAUGACUUCAAGAAGGGAAUGUGCCUGACAUGUGGAUCAACUGGCUGUUCUCAACUCGGCUAUUACGCCGACCAGUAUUACGCCCGCGGUAAGAUGUACCUCAACACAGGAAGCAAGACGCCAUAUUGCGGAUACCACUAUGGCGUUGAAAUCAAAACAAGUUCAACCAAGGAUACGAAGGGUCGACUUUAUGUCAAGAUGGAAGGCACAUGGGGUACCAGCGAUUUCGUCCCAGUAACUGGGUAA